AUUAUAAUUAUAGCCUUCCUUCCUCUUCCUUUUGAAUCUCACAGAUCUACCUAUCGCCAUUCUUCACUCCUCUCCUGCUUCUGUAAACUCGCGUUGAGUAGGGUAUUUUUGUGGGUGGUUAGUGAUAUUGUUUCUCUUAAGGAUAUAAAGCUUUCACUUUUUGUUUAAAGAUGGAAGCUGAGGAUGUUCUUGACCUACCAGCUUCAGGCAGUUCUGGUUUGCAAGUACAGAACAAUGGCCUUGAAUCUGGGAUUGGGUCACCUGAAGCUAAUCUUUUAGUUGAUAAUGAGGAGAGCAUGAGAAGAGAUUUAGAUUUAGAACUAGUGGAAGAGAAUUUGACAACUGUAGGUGGCGAAUUAUCAGCAGAGCAGGUUAGUCACGUUGUGGCGGUAGAUGAGAAACUGUGUAUCCAGAAGGAGACGCUGGUUCACAGCGCCACUUUGGAUGUUAGUUCUAAUUCGGGUGUUACUAGACCCCAAACAGUCUCUGACCAACAGCAACCUACAGUCCAUGUAACUUUUAAUCACUUAACGAGAGCUAGUAAGCAGAAGCUGGAAAGUUUAUUACAGCAAUGGUCGGAAUGGGAGGCAGAAUAUACUUUACAGCCUCAGGAUCAAGAACAUCCAUUAGAAUCUGGCGAGGAGACGUAUUUCCCCGCCUUACGCGUUGGAUUGCAGAAGAUUUCGUCUGUGUCAUUCUGGAUCGACAAUCAAACUGGUCCUAAGCCGUUGGAAGAGUUUGUUCUAGUGGAAAGUAGCACCACUCCUUUAUAUGACCGUAAAUUUUCACUUGGUUCGAGUUCAGCCAAUGGACCAAUCAGCUUGCAAGGGGGAGUGGAGAUUAUUGAUGAUGAUCCUCCACGUUGUUUCAAUUGUGGCGGCUACAGUCAUUCCUUGAGAGAAUGUCCAAAGCCUUUUGACCGAGCAGCAGUUAAUAGUGCCCGGAAGCUUCAGAAAUCCAAACGAAAUCAGAACACUGGGUCUCGUCUACCAUCUCGAUAUUAUCAAAAAGCUCAAAGUGGAAAGUACGAUGGCUUGAAACCAGGCACACUUGAUGCAGAGACACGUCAGCUUCUGAAUCUUGGGGAACUCGACCCUCCUCCAUGGCUUAACAGAAUGCGAGAGAUUGGAUACCCCCCGGGAUACUUAGCUCCAGAAGAUGAUCAUAUGUCUGGAAUCACUAUAUUUGGAGAUGAGAUGGAGGAGGAGACUCGGGAGGAAAUAGAGAGUGAAGAUGGCGAAAUCUUGGAAAAAGCCAACCCUCGGGAGCCACAAAUGAAGAUGACUGUUGAGUUCCCUGGAGUUAACGCUCCAUUACCAGAAAACGCAGAUGAGUGGCUUUGGGAAGCAGCUGCAGCACCUCCACAUAGGAGCAGCAGAAAUAACAACAACCGAUGGCAGCAGAGGACAAGCAGAGGAUAUGAUUACAGAGACGAUGAUCAGCUUGGUUUUGAACCUUCUAGUUAUCCUCCAAGGUAUGGUAGUAGAAGUGAUUACGGGUAUGGCUCAAAAGAUCGUAGGUCUAGAUCAAGAAGCCCAAUCAUGGAAAGAUCGCUAACCGAGAGAAGUAGUAAGAGGGAUUACUAUUCUUCUCGUGAUCCUGAUUUCGUGGACAGAGACAGAAACAGAGAUAGGAACAGGGGAUGGGACAGGGAUAGAGACUGGGACAGAGACGAUAGGAACAGGGACAGAGGAGACAGGGAUAGAGAUUGGGACAGGGACAGGGACAGGGAUAGGGACGAUCGUGAUUGGUCUUAUAGAUUAAGCAGCCGAAGAUGAAUAGUGAGGUUGUAGCUGUGUUUGUAUUGUUACUUUAGAGGUUUAGGGUUUCAUUUUCUACACUCUUUUUACUUCUUUCUGGCUUUUGGUAUUUGUUGUUGUAUCAUGUCCAUCAAAGUGGAAGCUUUUGUUUACUAUUCAUACUUUUGAUUUUAGUUUUGGACAAAGAUAUGGUGAGACCUGGUUUGGUUAUGUCUUUUGGUAUUAAAUAAAGUUGUGUUUAACUUUUA